AGCUGCUCCGCUCUCCACCCGACUCUUCUCUUCUCUUCCUUCGCCCGCAACCCAAAGAGAGGAGAGGAGAGGAGAGGAGUAGGGAGGGAGAUGUCGGCGAUCUCGUGGAGACCGAGCGCCCGGGCCGUCGCUCGAGGCCUCGCUCCGCGGCCGGUGCUGUCACCUCGUCUCGCGCCGCGCUCCCUUGCCCUGAUUCCGGACCUCGCCGCGCGACCCAUCUCGCCGCUGGUGGCCCGGCGGCGCGCCCACGGAGGAGGGUUGGGGAACCCUGGCGAUGCCGAGGACGGGGAAGAGGAGGGGGAGAAUAAGAUCUCGAGCGAUGACGUCGUGCGGACGUUGCUGAUCGACAACUACGAUAGCUAUACGUAUAACAUAUAUCAAGAAUUGUCUGUCGUUAAUGGCGUGCCGCCUGUGGUGGUUCAUAAUGACGAGUGGACAUGGGAGUACAUCUAUCAUUGUUUGUAUAAAGAAAAGACUUUUGACAAUAUUGUCAUAUCACCUGGACCCGGAACACCAACAUGCCCGAAAGAUAUAGGAAUCUGUCAUCGGAUACUUCUUGAAUGCAAGGAUAUCCCUAUUUUGGGUGUUUGCCUUGGUCAUCAGGUGUUGGGAUUUGUUCAUGGAGCUGACAUUGUUCAUGCCCCUGAACCUAUUCAUGGACGUCUCAGUGAAAUCGAGCACACAGGUUGUGAUCUCUUCAAAGAUAUUCCAUCAGGAAUAAAUUCUGGUUUCAAGGUUGUGCGGUAUCAUUCACUUGUAAUAAAUGCAGACUCACUUCCAAAGGAGCUAAUUCCAAUAGCAUGGAUUAGUUCUGGGCAUACACUUUCUUUUCUAGAAGCACAAGAAUCUGACAUGAUUCCUGAUGCUUUUGGGAAUCAGCUAAACCAAUGUCAAGCAAUUGGUCAUCAUAUUGAUGACACCUUAUCUUCUAUUAGCAACGCUAAUGACUUUGGUAGCAGAAAACUCUUGAUGGCUGUAAGGCACUCCACCAGGCCUCAUUAUGGCGUGCAAUUCCAUCCUGAAAGUGUUGCUACUUAUCAUGGAAGACAAAUAUUUAAGAACUUCAAAAAGAUGACUGUUGACUAUGGUACGAGGAGGUCGCUGCUUCAUGAAAGACAGGUGUCUCGUGCAUGUCAAUCACUAGAAGAACUUCCCAAGGGUGAGUUAUUAUGGGAAAGAAGUGCCAUCAGGCAGUUUGUAGAUGUGUAUGGAAUCUCAAUGCCUCUGCUAAAAGGUGUUGAUGUCAAGUAUCUAAGCUUGCAGUGGAAGAAGUUCGAUUCCUUGUUAAGUGAGGUUGGGGGGUCAGAAAAUAUUUUCCGUGAGCUGCUUGGAGAUUAUAAUGUUGACAACACAUUUUGGUUAGAUAGCUCCUCAACUGAUAAGGGUAGGGCACGCUUUUCAUUCAUGGGUGGCAAAGGGGGGCCUUUAUGGAAGCAAUUGACUUUUCGUCUGUCUGAUAAAACUCCAUCUUGUCAAGUUGGACAUGAAAAAAGUAAAAUGACAACCGAAGCUGGAGGGUACCUGACAAUUGAGGAUAUCUAUGGAUCCUUGAAGACAAUUUUUGUUAGGGAUGGUCUGUUUGAUUUCCUGAAGAAGGAACUUGAAUCAUUUCACUAUGACAGAAGAGAUUAUGAAGGCCUGCCCUUUGAUUUUUGUGGUGGAUACAUUGGUUACCUUGGGUAUGAGCUUAAAGUUGAAUGUGGUGCAUCAUUUAACGACCACAAAUCAAAGGCUCCAGAUGCUUGCUUCUUCUUUGCAGAUAAUCUCGUGGUGAUUGAUCACUGGUAUGGAGAUGUAUAUAUUCUCUCCUUGCAUGAUAAUCAUAAUUCAGAUACCUGGAUGGGUCAACAUGCAAACCUAAAAGGAAAAUCAUGGGUAGCUGAGACCGAGAAGAGGCUGCUCAGUUUAAAAUCUUUAUCCACCAAGAAGUUUAAGAAUAAAACAUCAUGUGCUACCCCAUCUUUUCCAAAUGAGGGAAGCUUUAUAGUUCAGAAGUCGAGAAGCCAAUAUAUCAAGGAUGUCGAGAAGUGUCUGCAGUUGAUUAAAGAUGGAGAAAGUUAUGAAUUGUGUUUAACAACACAGAUGAUGAAAAAGGUUGACAACAUAAAUCCUUUCAAUUUAUACCUCAGUCUCAGGAAUCAAAAUCCGGCCCCAUAUGCUGCCUGGCUGAAUUUUACCAGGGAAGAUCUAUGUAUAUGUUGCUCCUCACCAGAAAGAUUUCUUCGAUUAGAUGGAAACGGUAUGCUCGAAGCGAAGCCCAUUAAGGGGACAAUAGCUCGUGGUAGAACACCAGAUGAAGAUGAACAUCUCCGAUUGCAGUUGCAAUACAGUGAAAAAGACCAGGCUGAAAAUUUGAUGAUCGUGGAUCUUUUAAGGAAUGAUCUUGGACGGGUCUGUGAACCAGGCAGUGUGUGUGUGCCUUGUCUUAUGGAAGUGGAAUCAUAUGCAACCGUUCACACUUUGGUUAGUACCAUCCAGGGGAAGAGAAAAUCUAAUGCAAGUCCUAUUGAUUGUGUUAGAGCUGCCUUUCCAGGUGGCUCGAUGACUGGAGCACCAAAGCUAAGGUCAAUGGAGCUUCUUGAUUCGUUGGAAAGCUGCUCAAGAGGCAUAUACUCAGGAUCUAUUGGAUUCUUCUCAUACAACCAGACAUUUGAUCUGAACAUAGUAAUUAGAACUGUCGUCAUACACAAGGGGGAAGCCUCUGUGGGAGCUGGUGGUGCAGUUACAGCAUUGUCGAUACCAGAAGAUGAAUAUGCUGAAAUGAUGCUGAAAGCAAAAGCCCCAACAAAGGCUGUGGAAGAAUGCAGCAAAGAUUUGGAUACCUGUGGCAGCUCAAUGAAGAUGGUCUCCUGAUGGGUUACUAUUACUCUCUUUACAGGAGUUUCUUAAGCCUUAUUUCUAAAAUUAUAUUAUGCUUCACUCAUGUUUGAGUGUGAAAAAAAUUAUAGGAACACAAGAAAUUAUUCAUUGUUACAGAAAUAUGAAAGCUGAUGAAAUGAUUUAUAUUGGCACUAUUGCCUGCUUGUAAAAGUAAUUGUGGGUUCAUUUAGAACUUGAGGUGGUCUAUUGUCUGUCACAUAAUGUCUUUCUAUCAGCUUGUUGUAUUAUUUUUUAUUUGAACUGAUUGCUAAUAUUGUCAGCAAAGAUAUUUGCAAGUAA